AUGUAAAGAACGAUUGUUUACUAUGCGUUUAAAAUAAUAGAUGGCCUCUUUGUUGGAAAUAGUCGUGCUCCAUUAGUAUAAACUAUAUUUUUAUAUAUGAUGAGGAAAGGGACUUUUUGUUAAUGAACAAAAUCAAUAACAUAAUAAAUUGUGCUGCAUCCGAACUUACAUAUAAUGGAAUUGGAAACUGUCUUUGUUUUAAUUGGAGAGAUUCGGAUGAAUAAGUAAAUUAUCUAUUAGAUUUAGAUUAUUGUUACAAUUGAAAAUAUUGAAAAAAUAAAUGAGUUUAUUGAAACAGCCAUUAAUAAUGGGGAGGGUGUUUUGUUUUUCUCGCUUAGAGGAUAGAGUAGAGCUUUAACAGCCUUAACAGCCUAUUUAAUGUACAAGUAACUUUAUUACUGAAUUUAAUAGAUUUAGUUGGAGUUUAUAUAAAACACUUUAAUUCUUGAAUACAAGAAGGAAGGACUUUGAAAUUAGAGCAACAUUCUUAAAAUAAUUAAUGAAUUUUGAGACUGAAUAUUUAAAAGAUAAAGAUUUAAGUAGGAAUUGGGAUAACAUUGCAGAUAAUCAAGAAAUUUAAGUUAUUUAAAAUACUUAUCUGAAUUCGUUAUAGUAACCUCCAAUGAUUUAAAAAACAAUGGGAAGUUUUUCAAUUCCAAAUGGAACAAAAUAAAAUGUAGCUUGGUCUAUUAACUUAAUUCAAUAAAUCUAAACCAUUGAAAUUAAAGAAGAAAAAUAGCACCCAAAAGAAUUGAAAUCUAUUUUAAAAGGUUCUUUUAAACUUUUAAAAAAGGACAAAUAAUUAAGAUCUAUUUCAGUAAAUGAUAAUUCAAAAUAAAGUUUUGAGGAUUUCAUUUUGUAAAAUUUGUUAAUCACAAAAAAAUUAUAAACACCUAAAAUUAAUAGUUUUAGUUUUGAGAAUAAAGGGAAAAAGAAGGAUUUCCUAGAAGGUAUAAUGUCCUAGCAUAAGACCAGACCAAAAAGACCAUAACAUUUUACUCCAGAGAGAUAAAGAAUAAUUUAGAACACUAAAUAAAUUAUGGAUACUUACUUAAAUUCGCAAAUAAACAAUAUUUAAUUAAUGAGAGGCAGAUCCAUUUUUACUCCUUAGAAAGAAAGAAUAAGAGCAUAUUCUUAAUAGAAUUCAAGUCCCAACAAAACUCCUAGUUUAUCAAAGUAGUCUUUUUUUAUUGAAAAUUAAAAUGGCAAUUUUAUGAAGUUGAGUUAGGCCAAAAAAUAACCUUAAUUUAAAAUAAAAUGA